GUCGAUGUCGGCGAUAGCCGUCUCCUAUGACAGUUGUGCGCUUCGAUUUGCGCAAGUUAUGACGGCUGAUUGGAAGCUCCUCCGGUCACGAGACCAAUAUCUGCUUCCGCGCCGCUGUAAUGCCUCGGCCCUCGAGUAAAGCACUUAUACAGGCCAGCUCUUAGAUACGCCAAUAUCCACCAACAGUACGAGCGCAAGCUAUCAAGGCGCUCCUAGCUCCCACUCCAAGACACAAUGGGGGACAACGAACUAUCAAAGCGCUGGAAACGUCCCAAGAAACGGACCACUCCUGUUUUGGAAAAGAUUCUCGUCCGGAACUUCAAUGGGAGCUGCGCCGAAAUUCAGAGAUCCCCAGCAGAAUCAGCUCAGGCCAAUCUUGAGGACGCUCUCACCAGGUAUGGUGGAUGCUUGAUCAAGCAGCUACGCGAAGAGAGCUUCUUGCCCGAAAAUGGGUUCUUCCGCAUGAAUGACAUCGUUGAAGUGGGAGGAGCUGAAUUGAAGCUGAGCGAUGGCAAUCGGUUCCUGCCUAGCACUCAGAUAAGGUUUCUCGGCUCUUACUUCCCUGCCAUCAUUAUCAAGGUCGUUACCGCCAACCGAUACCACAAAGUACUGGAAGAAACACGUCGGGCUAUGCUUACCAUGCUUGGCAAAAUCCGCGUCGCUAUCGUCAUCAAAAUCGAGAAAGCUCCUCCGAGAGCGGCUGAGCCAUCGGGCACGUCAAUCGACAGCACCAACGCCAGAAGCACAACAACUCCGGAGGACGAGAGGUUGUCGAUGAAUGACCGCAUCACGGUGAAACUACUCCAGCUCUUCCACACGAGCGGUAGCCAGCUGGUGCAACUGCAUAUUUCCAAAGAAGAAGUGUUUCCGAAGAUCCCGGAUACUGUGUUCAUUCUCACUUGGGCCGACAUCUGUCCGGAUCCCUGGCCGUACAAAGACGUAUCACCCCCCCUCGCUCAAUUCCCGCUCAGGGCUCUCCAUGAUCUUGCGCUGAGCUACAGGAUCAACGGUACACCCUACAGAGGUCGCCCACGUAACAUGGACCACGUCUCUCUCCCCGAUGUGGAAUUUCAUGAGAUAGAUUACACGAGGCCUCCACGACCAUGCAUACCCUCGCAAAUGCAACCUCCACCCGGCUUACCACCGCGGUCUCAGCCUAGCUCAUCAUCGCAGUUUGCAUCUACAUCACCAUCGCGUACUCCCCCUAGCUCAGCGUUACAGUCGCAGCUCCCAUCUGGUCUACCAAGGCACAUUCCACUAAGUCCGCUGUCGCAAGUUCGCAACAACUAGUGCUCAAGAACCGAACAAUAUCUUUACUGCACCCGUGCACGUCCAUCGAAGCCUCGAAUAUCCUUCUGG